GCCGUAUUGUGAAGUGUGCAGCGAUUUUGAUCCUUUCUCUCAUCAUCAUGCUUGGAGGAGUUGCUGCGAGAGAUUUGUAUGGGUCAACAUUAUAUGAUUAUUCUUAUUCAAAACACAAUGGCAUUGUUUUAAGAAGAGCCAAGGAACGCUUUGACAAGAAUAUCAGUUUUAUAAUGCCUAUUACUGAACGAUUACCUCCUCACUAUCCUUUUAUUAUUCCGUACUACUCCAGAAGAAAAGGCAUUGUUUUAAGAGGAGCCAAGGAACGCUUUGACAAGAAUAUCAGUUUUAUAAUGCCUAUUACUGAACGAUUACCUCCUCGCUAUCCUUUUUAUAUUUCGCACUACUCCAGAAGAAAAGGCUUCGUUUCAACAGGAGACUGGAAACGCUUUGAUAAGACUAUCAAUUUAAGGAUACCUAUUACUGAAUGAUUAUCCCCUCGCUCUCUUUUUGAUCUACACUACUACAACAAAAAAGGUUUUAUUUCAAAGAGAGCUGAUGAACGUUUGGACAAGAAUAUUAGUUUUAG